GGGUGAGCUUUCAUCACUUCUGCCGUAGAAAGUACUGUAGGAAAGGGUGAAGUUGCUGCAUUGCAGCCUCAGUGCUGCUGGAAUCAAAUACAUAACAAUGGCGACUCCCAGCCCUAGCAACAACUCCACAACCUUCUCAUCCAACAGUAAUAGCCCCGGAUUCAUGUCUGCAUCCCAGCAGCAACAGUAUCAGUCGCAACACACUACACUCACUAGCAUGCAAGGGAUUCAGAUAAACUCCUGUGAAAAGGCACAAAGUAAACGCAAAGCACUGAAGUUGAAUUUUGCUAAUCCUCCAUUCAAGUCAACGCCUAGGUUUCCUCUUAAUCCUCCCCAAGUUCCUUUUCAGAAUCCACAUAUAGAGAGGUUGAGAACACACAGUAUUGAAUCAUCGGGAAAACUAAAGAUUUCUCCCGAGCAGCACUGGGACUUCACAGCAGAAGACCUUAAAGACCUAGGAGAAAUUGGACGAGGAGCCUAUGGGUCUGUUAAUAAAAUGAUCCAUAAACCUAGUGAACAGAUCAUGGCUGUUAAAAGAAUUCGUUCAACAGUGGAUGAAAAAGAACAGAAGCAACUUCUGAUGGAUUUAGAUGUAGUAAUGAGAAGUAGUGAUUGCCCGUAUAUUGUACAGUUUUAUGGGGCACUUUUCAGAGAGGGUGACUGUUGGAUCUGCAUGGAACUAAUGUCUACCUCUUUAGACAAGUUUUAUAAAUAUGUAUAUGGCCCAUUAGAUGAUGUAAUACCAGAAGAAAUUUUAGGCAAAAUCACAUUAGCGACUGUGAAAGCUCUUAACCACUUAAAAGAAAACUUGAAAAUUAUUCACAGAGAUAUCAAGCCUUCCAAUAUUCUUUUGGACAGAAAUGGCAACAUUAAACUCUGUGACUUUGGCAUCAGUGGACAGUUGGUAGACUCCAUCGCCAAAACAAGAGAUGCAGGAUGCAGGCCUUAUAUGGCGCCAGAAAGAAUAGAUCCAAGUGCAUCACGACAAGGGUAUGAUGUUCGAUCAGAUGUUUGGAGUCUCGGAAUCACAUUGUAUGAACUAGCCACAGGUCGAUUUCCCUAUCCCAAGUGGAACAGCGUGUUUGAUCAACUGACGCAGGUAGUUAAAGGAGAUCCUCCACAACUCGGGAAUUCUGAAGAAAGGGAAUUCUCUCCUAGCUUCAUUAAUUUUGUUAACUUGUGCCUUACUAAGGACGAGUCUAAAAGGCCAAAGUAUAAAGAGCUUCUGAAACAUCCAUUUAUCCUAAUGUAUGAAGAACGUACAGUAGAUGUUGCAAGUUACGUUUGUAGAAUCUUGGAUCAGAUGCCAGCAACUCCCAGCUCUCCGAUGUAUGUCGAUUGAUUUUGAUGCUGCUGCUGCUUCAUAAACUUUGGAAACAAAAAAGGGCUGAGAGAACCCACGAUGUAAAAAUUGAUCUCAUCACAUAUUGCAGUGUUUAAAUACUUGCCCCAACACCAUGUGCAAUAAAAUUGGUGUUCAUUUUGCAUCAUAUUCAUUAAUGAUGUUGUCACUUAUGUGCGUCUUUAUAGUACCUGAUCAUGCAGUGUAGGAGCAUGAUCUCCAAUGAGGCAUCAUCUUCAUCAUCACUAUCAUCAUCAUCAUUCACGGACGUGUUAAUUGAAAUCUGGAAAAUAUAACAACAGAUCUCUUGGCCUUGACUGGCAGUUACCUAAAAAUACAUUCAUGAGAUCUUUAUAAACUCAGAGAUUCUCAGCAUCUUACUGGAAAAAAACUCUAAUUCUUCCAACUCUUGUAUGUAUCAAAUUUUAGGCAUUGUGUGUAUGAACAUUUAAGAAACUUUGCCCUUGGUGAGAAGAAUGAACAGGACAUUAAUUUCUUCUGGAGCCUGCAGGGCAGAUGAGGAUUUUUUUCACAAAGUGCAAUAGUUUUAAUGAUUUAAAUUCUGUUGCUUUAGCAUCACGGUGUAUGUUCAUUGAACAGUGUGCUCAGUUGUAUUUUGCUAUUAAAAAAAAGAAAGUUAAGUACGAUAACAGAGCUGAAAAUGUCUUUACCAAAAAUAUAUAUAUAUUGUGAGCAAAAAGAGGAUAUCAUUAAAGACAGUAAGAGACGGGACUUGGAGUUCUCUUCAUUUUUUAAUCAGUGUGAAUUUUACAAAUGGUGGAGAAUGCGGUGAUGUCGAGUUUAGGAUUUUAACCAAGAGACACUGUUUGGAAUUACUUAGUAGUGGUCUAUAUGAGAAGAGUUCAGUAUACAUAAAUGUUGGAGCACAUAAUAGGGUGUUUAACUGUGACUUGCUAGACAUUCUGUAAAUAUUUUGACAUGUUUCAGUUGAGCCCUUUUGCAUUCCUUUGUUUGACACAGUUUUUGCACCCUUCUGGCUUAUUAUAAUUACAGAAGUCAUGAAUGUUAUUUAUGUGCUCUGGUGCUUCUUACGAAGCUUUUAAACCUUUCUUAAACUUAUUGGUAUGCAUCUUUUACCUUUAGUUACCCAACAUGAUUUUACAAGUUUUUCUAGAAAUUAAUCUGUCACAGCAUAGCACAGAAUAAUGUAACAGAUGGAACAUCUAUGACCUGAUGUCUUUAAGAGAAAAUAAAAAUACCAGAUGAAAACCAACUCUAAUAAAGUCAAAACGCAGGCUUGAAUUCGCCACAGUGGUACAUUUUGAAGAAAUGGUUUCCUUUCCUGAAUGUGUGAUGCAUUUGAAUUAAUGCAUUUUGUGGUUUUACAUCAGACGUCUCAAUUAUUUGUUAUCUUUUGCAUCCCAGGAAUCCUUCAGUUCUGCAGUUAGUCUGUGAGACAGAUGAGUACAGUGCAGAACAGCAAAGGAAUGGUCUGACCUUCUAAGGCACAGAUUGAUUAUAAAAAUGUCAGUUUAUUAAUCUUAGAUUGUUAUAUAUUGUCAAGCGUGAAGAGUUUAUUGCAGUGUAUCUUAAUUAAAACGGUGUAUAAUGUUCACAGACUGUGAAAAUAUUGUAUUGUACAUUGUGAGCUUUUGUUAUUUUUUUUCUGUACCAUAGAAAUAUGUAUAAAAAAUUAAAGCACCAACGUGCAGGGAUAUUGCCUUAUUUGUGUGAAAAAUGGAGCUCUUGAACAUAAUAUCUGUUUUAAUGAGCUUCUGGUUAUUUUAUCCUUUACUUUGGUUUGACUUCUUGUAUUUAAAGAUAUAUUAUACAUGGGAUCUAUUCCUGUAAAGGUUCUAUACUCUUGCCUGCAGGUCAGUUGAAAUAAAACUAGGAUAUGACUCUGGUCCACUUUGUAAGGUCUGAAAAGUGAUGGGUUGAAAACAAUAAACCUGAAUACUAAAAACA